UGUGAGGGUGGAGGAAAGCAGAACGGGGCGCAGUGGUCUGGCGAGAGGAAGUGCGCGAGGUCUCGGCUCUUACUGCGCGGCCGCUAGCGGGCGGGGCAGCCAGGUGAGCCCGAGAUGCUGCUGCGCUUCAAGCCCGGGCUGCCGUUUCCGCCGCCGCUGCUGCUUCUCCUGGGGCCGCUCGGUCCCGUCUCCCCGAUCGUCUUGGCGGGACCGGCGCUGGCCGAAGACGUAGUGGAGCUGGACUUCUCCACGGAGCAGCCGGUGCACCUGGUGAGCCCCGCGUUCCUUUCCUUCACCAUCGACGCCAACCUAGCCACGGACCCGCGGUUCCUCACCUUCCUGGGUUCUCCAAAGCUUCGUACUUUGGCCAGAGGCUUGUCUCCUGCAUACCUGAGAUUUGGCGGCACCAAGACAGACUUCCUAACUUUUGAUCCAAAGAAGGAACCAACCUUUGAAGAGAGAAGUUACUGGCAAUCUCAAGUGAACCAGGAUAUUUGCAAAUCUGGAUCCAUCCCUUCUGAAGUGGAGAAGAGAUUACAGUUGGAAUGGCCCUUCCAGGAGCAACUGCUACUCAGAGAGCAGUAUCAGAAAAAGUUCAGGAACGGCACAUACACAAGAAGCUCAGUGGAUAUGCUGUAUAGUUUUGCAAAUUGCUCAGGACUGGACCUGAUCUUUGGCCUAAAUGCAUUACUAAGAACAGCAGAUAUGCAAUGGAACAGCUCUAAUGCUCAGUUGCUCCUGGAUUACUGUUCUUCCAGGAGGUAUAACAUUUCUUGGGAACUAGGCAAUGAACCUAACAGCUUCCGGAAGAAGGCUGGUAUUUACAUCGAUGGAUUCCAGUUAGGAGAAGAUUUUACUGAGUUGCAUAAACUCCUAGGAAAGUCCACUUUCAAAAAUUCUAAACUCUAUGGUCCUGAUGUUGGUCAGCCUCGAGGAAAGACUGUUAAGCUGCUGAGGAGUUUCCUUCAGGCUGGGGGAGAAGUGAUUGAUUCAGUUACAUGGCAUCACUACUAUUUGAAUGGACGUAUUGCUACCAAAGAAGAUUUUCUAAACACUGAUGUACUGGACACUUUUAUUUUAUCUGUGCAAAAAAUUUUCCAGGUUGUUGAGGAGACCAGACCCCUCAAGAAGGUCUGGUUAGGAGAAACGAGCUCGGCAUACGGUGGUGGGGCGCCCUUGCUGUCCAACACCUUUGCGGCUGGCUUUAUGUGGCUGGAUAAAUUGGGCCUGUCGGCCAGAAUGGGCAUAGAAGUGGUGAUGAGGCAAGUCUUGUUUGGAGCCGGAAACUACCACUUAGUGGAUGCAAACUUUGAACCUUUACCUGAUUAUUGGCUAUCUCUUCUGUUCAAAAAACUUGUGGGCACCACUGUGUUAAUGGCAAGUGUAAAAGGUCCAGAAAGAACAAAACUUCGAGUAUAUCUUCAUUGCACAAAUCUCAACCAUCCAAAGUAUAAAGAAGGAGAUUUAACUCUGUAUGCCUUAAACCUUCAUAAUGUCACCAAGCGUUUGCAGUUACCAUAUCAUUUAUUUGACAAGCAAGUGGACAAAUAUCUUGUCAAACCUUCAGGUCCUGAUGGAUUAUUUUCCAAAUCUGUUCAGCUCAAUGGCCAAACUCUGAAGAUGGUGGAUGAUAAAACUCUGCCAGCGUUGACAGAAAAACCUCUCCGCCCAGGAAGUUCACUGGGCUUGCCAGCUUUCUCAUAUGGGUUUUUUGUGAUAAGAAAUGCCAAAGUUGCUGCUUGCAUCUGAAAGUGAAAGGCAUACACUAGCCCUGAGAUUGAAUUUAUCAAAUGUACUGAUUAAGAAUAAAGCAAAACUCUAGCUGUAGAAAGGCAAGCACACAUUACAAAUCAACUCAUGGGAGCUUCAGCGAUGCUAGGACACGCUUAGUCCUACAUUUGGUACAGUAUUUUGAUCUCUGUAAGCAGACUACUGCUAAUAAUAAUAACUUGAAAUCCCUUGUGCCAAGCAUGGUGCUUAGAACUUUGCAUGCACUGUUUUUAUUUACGGUUAUUAGAAAUGAGUAUGAAUACUCCCAAUCGCACACCAUCUGUAGCAAUUACUUGAGCUAUAGCCAAGAGGCAAGUAAAUGAAGGAAAUAUCAUUAGUUUUAAGAAAGUGCUUUGUUGUUUUUAUUUUUAAAACAGUUAUAAGAAGAUCAUUGCAUUCUUUCCUUCAUACACCCUCUCUAUGGUCUCCCACUGGAAAAUGUUUAUUGCCACAGCCUUCAAACUGGUUAUGUAAGAGAGACUCUCUUUGUACCUUAGGGAGAGAGCUGAAAUUCAACUGCUGCUUCUCUGCCCUCUGUCCUGUUUGUCUUUGUCAGCAUUAAUAUGUGAGAGGACAGAUAACUGGUUAGAUGCUAACUAUUAAUGAAAAUUCAGAGGGAAGAGAUUAUGUAAACUCCAAGUGAAACUUUUAAAUGACUUAAUUAUAUUGCUUUACCAAGAGCAGAAAAUUUAGAAAAUAUCGAAUACCAAUAAAUUAUAACCAUCUGUUAAGUUUCACUUUAAUCUAUCUUUAGUUAUUGUUUUAAUUGGGAAGUUUUGGGCUGCAAGUAACAGAACCCUGAUUCAAAGUGGCUUAAGUAAGAGGAAAUUUAUAACUGCACAUAAGAAGAAACUCAAGUAGGUGGACUUUAUCAGCUCAGUUAUGUCACCAAGGACCAAUUUUUCUAUCUCUGCUCUAUCAUUUUUAGUGCUUGCUUUAUUCACAAGCUGGGAACAUGAUAGUUGUUACCUCUUCCAAGAUGUGGCAGCAGCCAGAGAAAGAAGAUGGACAAUUUUUUUUGUCUCCUUCAUAGAUUUUGAAGAAGCCUCUCUCAGAGGUUCUUCUAGCAAACCUCUCUCAUGUCUCCUCAUGUCUUAUUGAUCAGGAAUGGGUCACACGGCCUUUCAUCCAAUCACUGGGAAGGCCAAUGAGAUUGUUAUAAUUGUCCCAGAGUAAUUAUUUAGAGUGGAGUCAGCGUUAGGGGGGGUGGGCUACAGCACUGACCACUACAGUUUUGUGCAUUUUAUCAGUGACAAAAUAUAUUUUCCUUGUUAGAAUCUUCUCUUUUAAUUUUGAAUAUUGUCUCAAUUAAAUUUAAGUGCAUUUUUAAGGAGCUAAAGUUGGAGCUUAAAAUUUGGAUGCUUCAGUAUCCUCAAAUUUUAUAUGCAAGUAGUUUUUAUAUUUUCACAUUUGAAAUAAAGUAAUUUUUACAACCUUAA